UGAAUACAUGAUUUUAUUUAACUCAUUAAUGAGGAAAUUGGUAAGGUGUUAAAACUAAUUCAAUAGACAAUCCAAAGAACAGAUUAGGAAUACUAAAAUAAAUGUGCAAGUGGAGGUGAAACUGUUUUCCUCGGUUAGUGGUGGAGGGGAAGGAUAGAGUCCAUUUGCGUAUAUACAAAUAAGAAUUACUUUCCAUUGUUAUUUAUCUAUAACUUAUAAAGUUGUAAAUAACUUCCACGGAAUCAGACUCAACCUGGAAGCAUGUUUUCUAGGUAAUGCAAAAUAUCCCCCAACACCUGUUAAAAGCUAUACUCUAUCUCCAGACAGAGAGUAGACACGAAGUCUGGAAGGCAAUGGGAAUCUACUGGUUAUAUGGCUAACUUCCCAAUUCAAUAAGCGAGUGACUAAAGGAAUUUUCCCUUCCACUCACAGAUAUUUUAGGCUAAUUAGAUACUGUGUGCUUCUCAGGGUCACUGCUUGGUGGAGGAGCCAGCUUUGAGCGGGCCCAUAUAUCCACAAGCGAAUGAGCUAUUCAAUGACCAUACAACACUCAAACCCAGGGCAACUUGAAAGUAAACUGCACCUUCCAAAGGGCACUGUACGGUCAGACUGUGUGUUUGGCCUGUUUGCUAGUGGGAAGUGGCUUCAUGGGUGUACACUAUGCAUAAAUGAAUGUGAAAGGCUAUUUAGGCCUCUGUCUUUUCACUGUCCUCCCACCUGCCACAGACUGGGCUUUUGCUAGUUAGACAUCAUGGUUCAGGGGCUGAGUCAGAGGCUUAACGAUUUAUAAGCUUUUUUCUUAUGAAAAAUUGGCACUAAUUAUAAUGUCUAGCUGCCAGAGUUGUUGCAGGAUUUACAGGAGACGCUGGAUGUGAAGAUGUUUUGUAAACUGUGAAGCGAUGUUAAAGAACACAUCUUUUCUUUGAGGAAACCACAGUGCAAAGUUCAUCGCCAAGGAAGAUAACGGGCCUCAGCGCGCUCCAAGCGUCAGCUCAGUUUCCAAGCGCCCGCGGGUUGGUCUCUGGCUCCUCCCCCGCCACAGCGGCCGGGGUCCAGGUCUGAGGCAGCGAGGGCCAAGCGCCCAGCCUCGCCAGCCCACGGCCCGCUGGGGGUGCCGUCCCGCGCCGGGGCGGAGCAGGCCCCGGCCUCCCAGUUCCUGAUUCUAUCAGCGGUACCCGGGGCUGGUGGGGCCACAGGCGCAGGGACCGCGGGCGGCAAAGGAUGGUUCCGCGGGGCGCGGCGAGCCUGCCCCGAGGCCCUGGCCCUCGGCGGCCGCUUCUUCCCGUCGUCCUCCCGCUGCUGGUGCUGCCGCUGCUGUUGACGCCGCCGGGCUCGGGCGCAGAGGCCAGCCGGCCGCCCCACCUGGUCUUCGUGCUGGCGGACGACCUGGGCUGGAACGACGUGGGCUUCCACGGCUCCCGCAUCCGCACGCCGCACCUGGACGCGCUGGCGGCCGGCGGGGUGCUCCUGGACAACUACUACACGCAGCCGCUAUGCACGCCGUCGCGGAGCCAACUGCUCACCGGCCGCUACCAGAUCCAUACAGGUUUACAGCACCAAAUAAUCUGGCCCUGUCAGCCCAGCUGUGUUCCUCUGGAUGAAAAACUCCUGCCACAGCUCCUAAAAGAAGCAGGUUAUACUACCCAUAUGGUUGGAAAAUGGCACCUGGGAAUGUACCGGAAAGAAUGCCUUCCAACCCGUCGAGGAUUUGAUACCUACUUUGGAUAUCUCCUGGGUAGUGAAGAUUAUUAUUCCCAUGAGCGCUGUACAUUAAUUGACGCUCUGAAUGUUACACGAUGUGCUCUUGAUUUCCGAGAUGGUGAAGAAGUUGCAACAGGAUAUAAAAAUAUGUAUUCAACAAACAUAUUCACUAAAAGGGCUACAACCCUCAUAACUAACCAUCCACCAGAGAAGCCUCUCUUUCUCUACCUUGCUCUCCAGUCUGUGCAUGAGCCCCUUCAGGUCCCUGAGGAAUACCUAAAGCCAUAUGAUUUUAUCCAAGACAAGAACAGGCAUUACUAUGCAGGAAUGGUGUCCCUUAUGGAUGAAGCAGUAGGAAAUGUCACUGCAGCCUUAAAAAGCCAUGGGCUUUGGAACAACACGGUGUUCAUCUUCUCCACAGAUAAUGGAGGGCAGACUUUGGCAGGAGGCAAUAACUGGCCCCUUCGAGGAAGGAAAUGGAGCCUGUGGGAAGGAGGCGUCCGAGGGGUGGGCUUUGUGGCAAGCCCCUUGCUGAAGCAGAAGGGCGUGAAGAACCGGGAGCUCAUCCACAUCUCGGACUGGCUGCCAACACUCGUGAAGCUGGCCAGGGGACACACCAAUGGUACCAAGCCUCUGGAUGGCUUUGACAUGUGGAAAACCAUCAGUGAAGGAAGCCCAUCCCCUAGAGUGGAGCUGCUGCAUAAUAUUGACCCGGACUUUGUGGACUCUUCACCAUGUCCCAGGAACAGCACAGCUCCAGCAAAGGAUGACUCUUCUCUUCCAGAACAUUCAGCCUUUAACACAUCUGUCCAUGCUGCAAUUAGACACAGAAAUUGGAAACUCCUCACGGGCUACCCAGGCUGUGGUUACUGGUUCCCUCCACCGUCUCAAUACAAUGUCUCUGAGAUACCCUCAUUGGACCCACCAACAAAGACCCUCUGGCUCUUUGAUAUUGAUCGGGAUCCAGAAGAAAGACAUGACCUGUCCAGAGAGUAUCCUCACAUCGUCACAAAGCUUCUGUCCCGCCUACAGUUCUACCAUAAACAUUCAGUGCCGGUGUACUUCCCUGCACAAGACCCCCGCUGUGAUCCCAAGGCCACUGGGGUGUGGGGCCCUUGGAUGUAGGAUUUCAGGGAGGCUAGAAAACCUUUCGAUUGCAAGUUGGACCUCAGGCCUUUUCUCAUGACUCUUGUCUCAUUUGUUAUCCCAACCUGGGUUCACUUGGCCCUUCUCUUGCUAUUAAACCACACCAAAGUGUCUAAUUUCAACCCCUAAUGCAUUUAAGAAGCUGAUAAAAUCUGUAACACUCCUGCUGUUGGCUGGAGCAUUUGUCUAGAGGUGGGGGUGGCUGGGUUUACCCCCUUUCCUAAGCUGUGGGACAGCUGGGAACUUAACUUGAAAUAGGAAAUUCUCACUGAGCCCUGGAGGCUGGAACAGCUGGCUCUUUUAGCCUCACAAGUCAGACCUUAGAUUCGCCUCUGCCAAUAGCCAGUUUUAUUGGAGUGAAUCACAUUUCUUACACAAAUGAAGGGAGCAGACAUUUAUUAAUGGUCUGUUGGCCAAGACUUCUCCCUGUUGAAGGAUCAUGUUCAAGCACUCCAUGUGAGCCACCCCUCUUGGUUCACCCCUUACUCACUUAUCUCAUCACAGAGCACAAAGCUCAUUUUGUUGUUCAGGUCAACAGCAAAAAUGCCUGCACCUUGAUUUUGGCUUUUACAGUAAAGAAAUGUGAUUUUACCCUAAUUUAUUCUUCCCCAGCCAUUGCUCAUUCUGUCUAGACUUCCUGCCACUUCCAAUUCUUCUGUGGCUUUUCCUAUCUUUCCGUUUGCCCUCAGUGUCCUAUCCCUGGGAAAGCCACUUUGCUUCUCUACUUGAGCACCCCUGAUUUCUGGAACACUGUUGAGCGCUGCCUUGCUUUUACCGCUAGGGCUGAAGCUAGAGGCCUCCCUGUAAUAGGCAGUGGAGUUGCUCUGUGAGGAUGUUCAUGGUGGACACUAAGAGGGCUGGGUGGGAGAUGCUUGACUCUGUGGCAUCGGUUCAGCGAGGCUUUUCCUAUGAUGCAUGGAGUUAAUCAUCGUGAUUGUGGCUUUAUCUCAUAACACUUGCACUGCUAUUUACUAGCAGUGAGAAGAAACCUCCCGAAAGAAUUUGAAAAAGCAAGUGGCCAGUGUCAGGGAUACUGGGCCUUGGUAAAGCAGAGGAGGGCACAUCCACAGUCCUCAUAUUCUCUGUUUUACUGCUUGUAUUGAGGUUCUCAAGUCUGGGAAAGAGGGUGCACAGUUUGACCUGCCACCCUUUUUGAAUCCUACUAAUGUCUUACUAAUGUGGAUCAGUCCAUAUUAGCUCUAGAGAGUGUCAAACCCAGAGAAAUGUGUGCAAAAAUGAUACUCUUUUCUGCAUUAGCCUCACUGUUUUGUUCACCAAUGCUUGGAACACUGCCUGAAGGCACUCAAUACAUUUUUUUUUAAUUUUUAUUUUAUUUUUAAUUUUUUAUAUUUUUUUGAGACAGCUUCUCACUGUGUCACCCAGGCUGGAGUACAGUGGUACAAUCACAAGUCACUGUAGCCUCAACCUCCUGGGCUCAAGUGAUUCUCCCACCUCAGGCAUCCAAAUAGCUGGAACUACAGGUAUAUAUCGCCACACCCAGCUAAUUUUAUGUUUUGAAAAGACAAGAUUCCCUGUGUUGCCAGGCUGGUCUUAAACUCCUCAGCUCCAGCAGGUCUCCAAUCUUGGCCUCCCAAAGUACUGGGAUUACAGGCAUGAGCCACCAUGCCUGGCCUCAUUUUUUUUUUUUUUUUUUUUUUUAUGAGACAGGGUCUUGCUCUGUCACCAGGCUGGAAUGCAGUGGUAAUCUUGGCUCACUGCAACCUCCGCCUCCUGGGUUCAAGCGAUUCUCCUGUCUCAGCCUUCCGAGUAGCUGGGAUUACAGGCCCGUGCCACCACACCCAGCUAAUUUUUAUAUUUUUAGUAAAGACAGGGUUUCACCGUGUUGACCAGGAUGGGCUUGAUCUCUUGACCUCAUGAUCCACCUGCCUCAGCCUCCCAAAGUGCUGGAUUACAGGCAGGCGCCACUGCACCUGGCCUCAUUUUUUUAAAGUAGAUGAAUAAAUGGACAAAUGAGUAAAUGAGAAAGUCUCAUACCAUGAAAGAUGCUAGUCCAAUGAGCUAAAUACAGAGGUAAUAUAAAUUCUUCCAACUGUUGCUUUUCUGUUCGCAAGAUGCCCCUCCUGGAGUAGGAGCAUAAUCUACGUCACUGGCCAGUCACAGGAUUCUGUUGCAAGGUUGUAGUGUCCUCUCCAGAGCGGGGAGAAAAGGAACUGUGCCUACCAAAAGUAUUCUCUUGUCAACAAUUUCCAUUUCUAUUCUUUAUAGGACACUAGAAACUAAAAGCGACACAUAAUCUGAUGUAGGUCUUUGUAUAGCCAUCCUUCAAUUCAGUAGCAAUAUUUUCUGGUCACUACUAAUCUGUAUUGUAUUAAAAGGAGACUAUUGGAAGGAAAUGGUGCUAGAACUAAUAUCUUUUACCAACCUUUACUCAACUCCUGGGUUGGCAAACAGCAGGCCAAAAUGCCAUCACCUCCCACUUGGAAGCCCAUGGCCAACAGCAUGAAAUAACUGAGCCCAGAUGUUUCUUCCACAUCCUCCAAAUCCCGCGGUUGUUUGUAGGUAGCCAUUGGAGGCCAUCGCUACAGGGCAUCUACCUAUUAUUGCUGCUGUCCCCCCCAACAGCUGUCUCCCGUUCUAGUUCCUUGGUUGCCAGCCAAAAUGGGGGAUGUUCUGCACUCAGUGGACUUCAAAAGAGUUUUGAAGCCUAAUUUUUUUGUAAAACAAGUACUUGAGAUUUUGGUUUAUCCAUAAUAGAAUGUAGCUCAUUAGAUUCUCUGAUUCUAUACAAGAAUGUGAAAAGAUUCAUAUGUUGUCGUUAGAAAUAAUGGUAUUUCUUUCCAAUUUUUUUUUUUUUUUUUUUGAGACAGAAUCUCGCCCUGUCACCCAGGCUGGAGUGCAGUGGUGUGAUCUCAGCUCACUGCAACCUCUGCCUCCCAGGUUCAAACUAUUCUCCUGCCUCAGCUUCUCGAGUAGCUGAAUUACAGGCACACACCACCACACCCGGCUGUGUUUUGUAUUUUGAGUAGAGACAAGGUUUCACCAUGUUGGCUAAGCUGGUCUGGAACUCCUGACCUCAAGUGAUCUAUCCACUUCAGCUUCUCAAAGUGCUGGGAAUUACAGGCAUGAGCCAUCGUACCCAGCAAAUUUUUUACCUUUAAAGAAGGUUUUGCUUAUUUAAUUGUGAGCUCAUUUUUCUUUGUUACUACGUGAUUGUUUCAGACUUGGGGGACAAAAUAAAAUUAAUUUUUCAAAAUGUGUCAGCCAUGGGUAUAGGGCUUCCAUUUGGGGUGAGGAGAAAGUUCUGGAACUAGAUAGUGGUCAUGGUUACACAACAUAAAUAUACUUACUGCCACUGAAUUGUAUAAAGUGGUUAAAAUGGUAAGUCUUAUGUUCUAUUACAAUUUUAUAAAUGUGUCCACCAACUUUAUGGUAUGUAAAUUGUAUCUCAGUAAAGCUGUUAAAUAAAUAAAUAUAGUAAAAAUUUUAGAACUAAAAAAAA